CGUUAAUCAAAUUCUAUUCACGCUAUUCAUGAAUAUUCAUGAAUUAAUUAAUUAAUCUGAUUAAUUUUUUCGCACACUGCCAGCUGCCACCCCUCACUAGACCACCCAAUCGCCACAACUUCCCGCCCAUCAAUCUUCAACCCCUCAACUUUCAACUUGAGAUGCGGGAGUUCGUAGCACGCCAACUCGAGAGCAUCGCAGAUGCCGACCAUGGGGCCGUCGAAGAGGGAGGCUUCGGGACAGAACCGAUGGUCGAUAGAGACGGACGAAGCCGUGGAAGAGCAGCAGGCACGCUUGUGCGGGGCGCACGUCCUAUGCAAGAGAAGAUCAUGUGGAAGCCGCCGUGGACCAUGAGGGCUUUCUCGAAUCAGCAAAUAUUCAUAUGCGUGAGAGAAGAAGGGAGGAGGACUUACGGAUAGGCAUCUUCGUAGAGGAUGGAAUGAGAGGGGUAAUACACGUCGGUGUGAAUCGCCAGAUCACCCAUCUGCUUGUAGACCACGGUCUCCAUGCUAAACUGCCCUUUCUUGCUUCCUUCAUUCGAAUGAAUAAUAUCCUCGGGUCUCGCAGCCGGAAACCUAGAAAUAAGGGGAACGGUCUGCGAUUCAGGAGAAUCCCCGUCACUCCAACUAACGCUCUCGAACCCGAUACUGUCCAUCACACCCUCCCAAUGCCGCUCAUCAACAAGCGCAUGUUCUCGCUCACCCUCAAACAACCACCACCCCUCAAAACAAGCCCCACGCAAUAUCCAAACAGUAGAUAUGGUUCGUUGCUUCGACGAAGAAUCAGUGUGCCAUCUUCUCUCAGCAUCUGCCUAACAUUACCCAGCGUGUGCUUGAGCCACCUCGUUGCAUGCACACAAUUAGUAUCUACAACGAUAUGAUACCCACCGAUCAUUUCCCCAACAGGCUCUUUCUCAAGACCAAGAGUCUUGAACACCCUUGAACCCCUUCUUCGCAUCCGCAACCCAGAACGCGCACUCAAAAUCCGUAAAAGUGUAAUGUACUCGAAGUCCACCCCUGUUCUUCCUCAGAUGAUCAAACCAUAUACUUUGUCGUACCGCUCGUUCCUGCUUCGGCUUCCAAGACCUCGGAUUUUCCUUCCCCAGUUGACUGCGAGAGGCCUUGAGGCGGGAAUAACUGAGCAGUAAAGUGGGUGUGCGAAGCAAAGGCUAGUUCUCAUACACAUUCG